GUAAUAUUUUUCGGGCUGUAUAUUAUCAUGAUAUAAGUACAAUGGCGUCAUUUCAGUUUUUGAUAGGGGGCUGACAAGUUUUGACCAGCCAAUUGACGCGGUACGCAGCGGCCACCAGUACAAAGUACAGGUACCGCAGCGACCAGUCUACACUUUUCGUCAACCGCCACUACGGGCUACAGCGCGACAACGCCAACUCCCCCACCACGCCACAAAGGCACAAGGUGGGACGGGAAGGCGAGUCGCGUAGAACGAGUACCGGCCGUCGUAGACCUACCACUAGCAACGUAACCCACGUCGUGAGCACAGCCACACGACCACAGAGAGAGAGAUCUAUAUUUUCAUAUAGCCCGCCGUCAUUUUGUGUUCUUUUUUUUUUAUAUCUUUCUUUGCUACAUAUAUUUAUAUAUAUAUAUCUACGUACACCCGGUACGGGAAAAAUAAACCCAACCAUCGACACCCGAAAUUGUGUUUGUUUUUUUUUACGCUCGAGUGUGCCACCCAACAUACCACACCAACGACCGGCUCUCCGCGGACCACCUACCACAACCGUCGUAGCCGCGUCAAAUUGGCUCCCCGCAGAGGAAUCAUCGCCUCAAGACAGCGUAAAGACAACAUGACCGGCCAACAGCAGGAGAAGUGGCAGCAGGUGGCCGAGUUAAUCCAACGGCUGGGGCUGGUAUCCGGUGGCCAGGAUGAGCCGCGAACAGCCGCCCAGGUCGCGAGGAUGACUACCCGCCAACUCCUGCAGGAUCCAGUGCGGGCGGCCAUCUACAACCGGGGCUGGGCGGACCGUACGAUGGACAUCCAGCGGAGGUUGCGGCCACACCGACCACCAUCAACAUCAACACCCGGCAGCCGCACACCGUCCCUGACAAGGCCACCACCCCCAGCAACGACACCUGCCCCCGUAACACCUGCGGAGCCGGCACCGGUACCCAGGCAAACGGGGGUACUCCCCGGCCCAACGGGAAAGGUGAGGACGGAGGCGCAGCAGGCACGGAACCGCCGGAAAUUCCAGCAGCUAAAGGAAAAGAGGAAAGCCAGGGAAAGCGAGGCAAGCCAACAACGUCGGCUUGCCAAGCAACCCGCGCCAACCUCAGACCCGGAAGCAGCCGGCACGCCUCCGGCCAACCCAACACCGAUGGAGGUGGACAAACCGGCAUCCAAGGACGGCAAGUCCGAGGAGCCGGGACAGCCCACCAGCCAGGAGUCACCAGACCAAUCAGAGGCCACGGUGGACAUAACCGAGGCAGAUUGGCUGGUGGCGUUCGAGGGGAUGCCGGAGUUAGACGACACACACUCGUUCUACACUCCGGUAGGGUCCCCAAAACACCCCCAGUAACACACACGGGCGCGGGCAAGUCUACCUCAAGCGAAAGCCAGAGGUAGUACAAGCCACCCCCUCCCCUAAUAGCACACAGACACCGGUACAAGUGUACCCCGUGUGACGGUUUGGCGGGGGAGUAUGACGCGGUACGCAGCGGCCACCAGUACAAAGUACAGGUACCGCAGCGACCAGUCUACACUUUUCGUCAACCGCCACUACGGGCUACAGCGCGACAACGCCAACUCCCCCACCACGCCACAAAGGCACAAGGUGGGACGGGAAGGCGAGUCGCGUAGAACGAGUACCGGCCGUCGUAGACCUACCACUAGCAACGUAACCCACGUCGUGAGCACAGCCACACGACCACAGAGAGAGAGAUCUAUAUUUUCAUAUAGCCCGCCGUCAUUUUGUGUUCUUUUUUUUUUAUAUCUUUCUUUGCUACAUAUAUUUAUAUAUAUAUAUCUACGUACACCCGGUACGGGAAAAAUAAACCCAACCAUCGACACCCGAAAUUGUGUUUGUUUUUUUUUACGCUCGAGUGUGCCACCCAACAUACCACACCAACGACCGGCUCUCCGCGGACCACCUACCACAACCGUCGUAGCCGCGUCACAAUAUAAUUGGAAAAAAACCACUAGCUUCGUACACAACUUAACAUCCAGUCGCAUUCUCAUCUCGGUAUACAAUAUUGCUUCCUUACAUAAUUGUAUAAGUAUAAAAUAUAAAUGUAGGUAUAUUAUAAUAAUAUGUUAUAUUAUGUAAGUUUUAUGUAUACAGUUUUUGAGUAAAAGUAUUUGAAGGGGGGCGAGAUCUAAAUAAAUAUAGUAGGUACAUCUUAUAUACAUCGGUACCGUAUACUUAACCGAUUUUUUUAGAAGGCUAAACAAAUUAAAUAGCAGUGCUAAACACGAUUGGCGAUACCUAAUAAUAUUAUUUUAAAUGUAAAAUAAUAAUAAUAUGUAAAAAUAUUUACGUUCUUUCGAAAUCAUGGAUACAGAUUUUAAGAGCGAUCGUUUUGUUAUUAACAUUUUUACUGUGUUGAUAAUAU